AUGGCUCGUUCUAACGGCCAGUUUUCAGAAGAAUACAAAAGUCUCAUGGUUUAUGGUGGCCACGUUCAAACAGAUCAACUUAAACAGAUUGGCCAACAAACCGCUGGUGUGCACACUCUAGAUAUCUUACCAAUAGACAUCUGCUGCACUUGUGAAACUCGAAUAUGGGAUCCGAAUUUAGAAAACGAGUUCCUGGCGCCUACCCAUCCUAGACGCUAUCGACUACGAACCUCAAAACUGACACUAGUCAGAUUACCAAGUAUUCUCUAUUUACAGCGUCUAUUGAUUCAAAAACCUACUGCAGUUUCGACUAAGCGAAAUACACUUCUUACCAAGAACUCACCACCCACUUGCCUGAUUGCCGCUCUAGCUGGAGAGUGUACCUCACAAGUAGAUUGCCUCAGUUUGCACCUUGGUGAUAUAUAUAUUUCGAAGGCAAAGGGUUGUUAUAACUGUGGUCGUAUUUUGGAGCGUUGUACCGACAACCAAUUGUUCCUCAGGAAUACUGAGUUUAGAUGCAACGAGUAG